CAUCCUCAUCCCCAAUGCAUACCUCAUCUAGCUUGUUUACCAUUAUGUGCCUAGAGCUUGCCUGUAUCCAGUGGUCAAAUAUUUUGGGGGGUGUUGUAUUAAUGAUCUCAUUAGAUCUUCAGAACAACUCUAUGAGGUAGGUACUAAUAUAAUUUCCAUCUUACAAACGAGGCUCAGAGAGGCCAGAUGACUUGCCUAAGGCCACACAACUAGUGGGUAAAGAGCUGGAAUUUGACCUGGGGUGUGCUGGCAGCCUCUCCACCACCCUGCCCAUCUCUCAAAGGUGCCCCAUACCCUCAGUCUCACCUGGUGGUGGCAGGUGUGCUCUCCCCACUGAGGGCUACCCUGUGACCUCCCAAAGCCCUUCUCCUUGCUCUGGUGGCUGUGGACAUACUCAGGCUGUUGCCCAGAGAGCUCGGCUGUAACUUGAGCCGCACCCAGGCUGGGGGUGAUGUGGAGGGUGGGCAGGUGACAACCAGGGCAGGGAGAUUUGCCCAGACACUGGUACACAGCAGCCUGCCGACCGGUGUGGCCCCGAGGAGUUUGGGGGCUUUGGGAGCUUGUUCCAGGGUCCUGGCAGUGGUCUUCAUCAUGGGCAACAAGCAAACAGUCUUUACUCAUGAGCAGCUGGAAGCAUAUCAGGACUGCACCUUCUUCACGAGGAAGGAAAUCAUGAGGCUCUUCUAUCGCUACCAGGACCUUGCCCCCCAGCUUGUCCCUCUCGACUAUACCAGCUACCCUGAUGUGAAGGUUCCUUACGAGCUCAUUGGCAGCAUGCCUGAGCUGAAGGACAACCCUUUCCGUCAGAGGAUCGCCCAGGUCUUCUCCGAGGAUGGGGAUGGCCACAUGACCUUGGACAACUUCUUGGACAUGUUUUCUGUGAUGAGUGAAAUGGCUCCCCGCGACCUCAAAGCCUACUACGCUUUUAAAAUUUAUGACUUUAACAACGAUGACUACAUCUGUGUGUGGGACCUGGAGCAGACGGUGACCAAGCUAACGCGGGGAGAGCUGAGCACUGAGGAGGUGAGCCUGGUGUGUGAGAAGGUGCUGGAUGAGGCCGACGGGGACCACGACGGGCGACUGUCCCUGGAAGACUUCCAGAACAUGAUCCUGCGGGCGCCGGACUUCCUCAGCACCUUCCACAUCCGCAUCUGAGGGUACUGCGGAGGAGCCGGGCCAGAGGAAGGCAGGGCGACCCCUCAUCUCAAUGUAGAAUCUGGUCUCCCUGGGCUCCGGGAAUAAACACACAUCACUGAGUCACA